GCAAAGCCAACCAGGGUCCUGGUUGGGGGUGUGGCUUGGCCGUACCUUCCUGUGGCCCUCUGGGGACCCAGGAGUCAAGAGAAGGGAGCAGGGACUGGAGAGAGACCAGGCAGCUUGUCUGAGCUAAACCUUCUCUGCCCAGGCUGCCUUCAACCUCAGAUUCCCUAGGUGGGCUUGGGGAGGGCUGCGCACCCUCAGGAUGAGUCCUUCACAGCCAGCAGGUUUAAAAGCAUCUGUCUGUUGAACCAGAGAGAUUUCCCACCAGUCUUUACUCUGACCAGCCAGCACCGGGGCAGCACUGGGCAAGGCCAGGACAGUGCCAGCAGUGCAGGACUCACCUGGCAGGGAAGGAUGCAGACCUCAACCCUUCAAGCUACCAGGCCCCACAGCCGUCGCCGAGACAGGAACCAGCUUCAAGCAGAAGCCACAGUCCUGGACAAGAGGAAGCAGGCUCCCCUGGGCAGAGUGGGCCUAACCCUGUGCCCCAUCCAAGAGCAGGCGCCUCAGGCUGCCCGAAGGCCCCACAGGAGGACCUCCCAGAUGGUACAGAUGCUGCCAGGUCCCCAGCCGUCCUCCUGGAAGAGUUCCUGCGGGACAGGGACAAGCAGCUGCCCAACAACGGACAGGGUCCCUUCUUCUACAUCGGUGGCAGCAAUGGGGCCUCCAUCAUCAGCGCCUACUGCAAGAGCAAGGGCUGGCAGCACACCCAGGACAGCCAAUGGGAGGACUACAGGCCGAAAUGGCCAGCAGCUAUUAUUACAGCUCCCCAACAACAAGCUGCUCACAACCAAGAUUGGGCUACUUAGUGCCCUGUGGGAGCAUGAACGGACCCUAAGCAAGGUGAACCAGAUGCCACCGGGUGCCCAGGCCAGGGUGCCAAAAAUGGAGGAUUUUUUCCCUGAGACCUACCGCCUGGACAUCAGCAAUGAGAGGCAGACUUUCUUCGCCCUGUUUGAUGAAACCCAGAUAUGGAUCUGCAAGCCCACAGCGUCCAACAAGGGAAAGGGCAUCUUUCUGAUCAGGAGCCAGGAGGAGCUCGCCAUCCUGCAGGCCAAGACACACAGCACCAAGGAUGGUCCACUUCACAGCAAGACGUCCUUCAGGGGGCCUCAGGCACGGGUGGUACAAAGGUAUAUUCAGAAUCCACUGCUGCUGAAUGGAAAGAAGUUUGAUGUGCGUUCCUACCUGCCCAUCGCCUGUGCCGUGCCCUACAUGGUCUUUUUUGGCCAUGGCUAUGCUCGCCUCACCCUCAACCUCUACGACCCCCACUCCAGUGACCUCAGUGGCCACUUGACCAACCAAUUCAUGCAGAAGCAGAGCCCCUUGUACAUGUUGCUAAAGGAGGACACAGUAUGGAGCAUGGACCACCUCAACCACUAUAUCAAUGACAAGUUCCAGAGGACCAAGGGACUCCCCCGGGACUGGGUCUUCACUACCUUCACGAGGCGGAUGCAGCAGAUCAUGACCCACUGCUUCCUGGCAGUCAAGUCCAAGCUGGAGCGAAAGCUGGGUUACUUCGACCUCAUUGGCUGUGAUUUCUUGAUUGAUGAGAACUUCAAGGUGUGGCUGCUGGAGAUGAACUCCAACCCCGCCCUGCACACUAACUGUGAGGUCCUGAAGAAGGUGAUCCCCGGCGUGGUCAUGGAGACCCUGGACCUAGCGCUUGAGACCUCCCAGAAGAGCCUUCGAGGCCAGAAGAUGCUACCCAUGCGAUCGCAGCGCCGCUUCACGCUCCUGCACAAUGGAGAGGCGGACCAGAGCCCAAACCCGCGCCUGCGCCCCGCGGCCUCGAGUGCCCGGCUCCGCCCACCGGCGCCUCCCCGCCCCCGGCCACCAGGCCCCACCCCCGGGGAGCAGCCGUCUGGGCGGAGGGGCACAGGCCAACGGGGCUGCUAGCGGGACGCAUCUCCUGGGACCAUAAAGGCUAUAUGUGACAAUGCGUCCUCCCCAGCGUCCAGUCCCGGACCCCAGGUUUCCCUCUGCCCUACCACCGACCUUAAGGAGGCAGGAUAGCAGGGAAGGUUGGGGUAGCGACCCCCCCACCCCGUCCCCGUCCCCGUCCCACCUCCGGGUAUCCUUGGCCUCUCAGCCCCCAGGACCCUCGUGAGGAUCCAGUCGCACUCACAUAGCCUCUGGGGGCCCCUCUCAAUUGCUCCUCAGGCCACAGGGGGCUCACGCCACCCUGCCCAGCACAGCAGACAUGGCCUCUCUUCAGACCAGGGUCGCUCUCCCACGAACCUUGGUGAGGUGAACGCACAAUCAGGGCAGAAUGGUCCCUGGAAGGUUGCUCUGAGCUCCCAGGCAGAACCUUGGCAGGUCCCUAAGUGUCCAGGGCUCCACAAGUGACCCUGCACACACACACACACACACACACACCACCUCUUCAUUACCCCACCUCUUCAUUACCCCCUGGCUUCCAGCUGCCCACCCCAGCCAUUGUGUGCACUUUCUCGAAGCCUGGGUCAAGUGGAAAACUCCUCCUACCCUGCCCACACUUCAACUAACCCAGGACAUCAGACCCAAUCCAUCCCACCUGAGAGGAGCUGGCGGACCCCAUGCCAGCUCUCCCGGCAGGGUGGCCCCAUUCCCAGCAAGCAACAGCCGGGCACCAGGAGAGGGCACCAUUCACCACAGUGUCUAGUGGCACACAAAGGGCCCGAACAGAGGGAACUGGGGCCCAGAGCCAAUGUCCCAGAGCCUCUGGGUGGGCUGUGGGCACCCCACACAUAGCCCUCCCAGACACUCCUAUUGCCUGCCCAGGAGCACACCUAGGCAGGGAGGGGAAAAGACCAGCCUCUAGGUCUGGGGCACCACACCCACCCCUGGGAUAAGGGCCACCCUUCUGCCCUCACCCAUGGCUGCUGCUCAGCUCCAUCACCUCAGGGCCACCCUUACUACCCUCUCCUCUUUUGCUACCCUGAGACCCCAGCCCUCUGUGCCGCACAGGCCUAUGCCUCCUCUCACAGUGCCCUGCCCUGUCAUCAUACUGUGGCAGAGCAUCCCAGCUCUCCCCCACCUGCCUCAGGGCACUGGCCCCCAGUUCAGGGCCAUCAGGAUAUCAACAGAAAGUGAUCAAGCUCUGGGGACAGGGAGCUUCCACCAUGUGAUGUGAUAAGUACCCGAUGGCAGGGCCUGCCUUGUGCUUAGGAGACCUCACCCAGCCCAGGACCCCCAAGAAUGACUGUCUGCUGUGCCCGUAUUCCUGGGAGCUGGAA